AUGUCGCCUGCAACCGUUCAAGUCAAUACCUCUUCUAAAUUGCCCUCGCCUGGGUUUAAUGCCGGUGCGCGACCUUACCGAUCCCACAAAGUUCGUGCCUGCGAUCUCUGUCGCAAGCGCAAGUCCCGAUGUACGGUUGACAUCCCUGGUCAAUCUUGCCUGCUGUGUCGUGUGCAGGGGGCCGAUUGUCAUUAUCAGGAGGAACAAAACCAGGAGACUUCCUUGGUGUUGAGCACGUCAGAAUCCAAGCCAUGGCCUCCAGGACCAUCCCCGGUCGAUCCCAUGCCAGGUCAGAAACGCAAGCGCAGUCCUGAUCUCAAUUCGCAUCAGUCACCCAUCGGACCUAGUCCACCGGGUACAACUUCGUCUUCAGGGCGGCGCAAAGACGAGGACCCCCAUAAUGAGUCAGUACUCAUUGUCGGACCUAUGGUGGCGGAGGACGCGCAGGUCAUUGAGAAACACAUGCCUCCUGAGCGGACCAGUCUCUCUGAGGAGCCCAGUAACAACCCAUACAAUAUCUACUCGAGUGAUCCUAGAAAGCCCGUCCUCUACACUACCAUUUCCCGCCGGAGGAAAGGCAUGCGGCGCGGAGUUCCUCCGGGCGAGAACCAGAAAGAGAUUCUGGAGCAGAUACUAGGUCCAUUUAGACAUGAUCUUGUGCGACUCUUCAUCGACCGCUUCAAUGUCGCUUUCCCCAUUUUUGACGGCGAGUCAUUCUGGGAGUCUUACAUUACUGAGGGCUUGGAGGAUCCGCCAGCUUCUUUACUCUGCCAAGUUUACUCCAUGUCGCUUGUUUAUUGGAAGCAUACUCCGAAGCUUGCGUGCCACCCUAAGCCUGACGUCCGGUACGCCGUCAACAUGACAGUCGCUGCAUUACAUGAGGAGUUUUCUGCACCUGGUCUUUCGACAAUCAGUGCUGCGCUUAUUGAUUUGACGGGGCGACCAAUUUUCUCCAUGACUGGAAAUGCUGUCAGCUGUGGACGGAUGCUCUCACUUGCCAACUGUCUUGGAUUGAACCGCGAUCCAAGCCUGUGGAAGCUCUCUCAACAAGAGAAAGAUCAGCGCGUUCGUCUUUGGUGGGGAGUGGUGAUCCACGAUCGAUGGGGAAGUUUCGGUCACGGUGUCCCUCCACAGAUUGCGAAGUCUCAAUACGAUGUACCCUUGCCUACUGUCGAUAGCCUGGUGCCUCCUCAUGCUCGUAGUAACGAGCGUGUGCGUGCCGCUCGCUGCCAUAUUGCUCUUUGCAGAUUGACGGAAAUCCUGGGCGAAUUGCUUCCACUGGUCUAUGGCCUGCAAGCAAAACUGGCGCGCGAGAGCUCGAAGAAACUGCGACAAAUUCGAACUGAUCUGGACCUAUGGGAGGACUCUCUACCCGACUGGCUUCGGUCGCCGACACAAAAUCGUGGGGAUCAGCUGCAUGCAUCAAGCAGCUUGCAGCUUGCAUUUUUGGCUGUUAAGAUGCUCAUCAGCCGAGUUGAGUUAAAUGAGGUCAACAAUGCUGAAACAGAAAACCCCGAAGCUCGUCGUUAUUUCCAGACAGAAUGUCGCAAAUCAGCCGAGGAGAUUGUGCGGUUUAUUUCAUCCUUGCGCAAGGAGCACUUCAAGGAGUUCUGGCUCCCUUACAGCGCUUUUCACCUGACCUCGACUGCAACUCUCCUCGUCCGAUGCGCCCUGGAGACAAAUGAUACCGAAGUAGCCCGGUCCUGCCUCUCCAACGUUGAGACCCUCCGUACUGUCCUGCGCCGAGUACAAGAAGAAGAGGAUUGGGAAGUGGCGGACAUGUGCCUGGACCACUGUGAACACAUCAUGCACAGGCUCCCGGGGACUGGAGCCCCAAUGGACCAAGAUAGCAUGGCUGCCUCGCUGGCCGAUAACGGCCUGGUCAACCCAGCCGCGAUCUCAUUGCCCGAGACGCAAACCAACAAUGAUAUUGUGGACGACAUGAUGUCUAUCUCCAAUACAUUCGGAACGAUGGAUGGCUUCCCAUUCGAUAUGACAGGCAUCUGGGAUGUCUCUGUUUUCCAAGAUGUCAACCUGUCUUGA